AGGUAGGUUGGUUGGUUCUUGGCUUAUUCGUUAGAUGGCUGGUUGGUUUUAUGCUUGCAUUUUUAUAGAGAAGGCGACCCUUUGUGCUGUGGGAGAGGCCCGGGGAGAGGAAUUGGAGAUCAGACAAGAUCGCGGCAGGCUGCCGACCUCCUUGUCAACAUCCAGUCUCGACAUCGACGACCAUGACUGGAAUCUUGGGUAGGAUCAAGCGAAACUGGGGUUGGGUGGUGACGGUCUCAGCCGCGCUCAUUUUCAUCGUCGUCCACGGUUUCCUCUAUUCAUUCGGCCUUCUCAUGGUGGAGCUCAUGGAGGAGUUCGACAGCGAUGUCACGACCACGGGAUACGUAGGAACGGUGGCCUAUGGUUGCACCUGGAUAUUCUGCAUCAUUGCCACGCCCAUCGUCGGUCGCAUCGGUUUCCGACCAGCCGUCAUCUUGGGCGUGUUCAUUUGUUCCGCCUCGGUCCUCAUCAGCUCCUUCAUGCCCGGUAUAUUACCCCUCUUCGGCUCCUACAGCCUUCUCUUCGCCGUGGGUAACAGUCUGGUAUCCUCUGGAACCUUUCUGGGCAUCAUGGCGUACUUCCCUAUAAAACAUACCACAUUAGCCUUCGGGAUUUCAACGGCGGGCGUCAAUACAGGUAUACUCGUUUUCAAUCCGUUAAUGUACGCCAUGAUGUCACGGUGGGGAUGGAGGAGUGCCCUGCGUAUCGUAUGCGCCAUGUUUCUCACCAUAGCUCUUCCAUGCACUAUGGUAUUCAUCCCACCCUCAUCACCGUGGAUAUCACACGAUGAUGACGAUGACGACGAUAAGGUACAACCAAGAUCAUCUAACUUGGAUGGGAAGUCACUUAAUGGUGUCUGUGAUGAGAAGAAGACACCGCCGAAGGACGAUAAUGCCAACCGACGAUGUCUCCUGGAGGACAGUGGCACCAGGGAUGAAUCGCAUCCUCCUUUUGCUAAGGCGACGGAUAGGAAUGCAUCCGAGGUGAAGUACAUUCCGCUAGAUGGAGAUGGGAAAGAGCGUUUGUCGUUGAUGGAGUUAGAACAAGGAGCUGCAGGAGAAGAAGGUGGUGUUGCUAGGACUAGGGUGCAGUGUGGGGACUGGCUGAGGCUCUUGAGUUACCCGGAUGUCUUCCUGCUCGGGAUUGGAAUCUUGCUUGGUAGUAUGUGCCUGUCUUUCCUCUACUUCAGUACGGCCAAUUUCAUAGUGUUGGCGGGUUUCUCCAAGCGGACGGCGAGUUUGAUGAUGUCGACCAUGGGUCUGGCCGAGAUCGUGGGAAAGCUCAUCAUCGGUGUCGUUGCCGAUAGGAUACCGGUGCCCAAGAUAUUCUACAUGGUAGCAGCGAAUUGUAUUGGUGCCGGAAUAAUGUACGCAAGCUUUUUCGGCAAAACGGAGGCGGCCAUGUACGCGAUUGCUGCGGUUGAGGGGUGUUUUGUGAUGGCGCCCUUGGACUCACUAGCUCACACGAUGGCAAACCAGCUCUACGCUGCAUCAUUCAGCUCUCUCCUCUGGUCUUAUGUUAUGUUUGCUUGUGGCGUUGGGGGGAUUUUGGCGGCCGUCUGUGGUGAAAGCGUUGACAAAACGGGCUCGUACAACACCGCCCUUUACGUCAUCAUCGGAGUGUUCUUCACGGCGGCCCUGUUCCUCGUGCUGGUUCCGGUGUAUCAGAGAGCCUUCUGCAAAGAUCGUUGCAUCCUCUUUAAGAACGUUAAACGUCUUGGGAACAAAAAGGCCGAUGAUAAUGCCAAACCCACAGCGCUCUAUGAAAACCUCAGACAAGAACAACAGAUGAUAAACUCUUAGUAUGAAUUUUGUAGAAGAAGUAAAGAUUUGUAAUAAUUGAAGUAAUAUUCGAAGGAUUUCGAACUAAACCCUCUCUAAAGUGUUGGCAGCC